AUGAACAGCGAACCUGUUGUUAUCGUUUCUGCCGCCCGGACUCCAAUAGGCUGCUUGAGCGGCGCCCUGUCCACCCUGACUCUGCGUGACCUGUGCUCGCCAGUGAUAAAAGAUGUUCUGAAGCGCGCCGAGGUGAAACCAGAACAGGUCUCAGAGGUUAUCCUCGGACAUGUCCUCACUGCAGGUCAAGGGCAGAACCCGGCACGUCAGGCCAGCGUCGCGGCCGGCAUCCCGUACCCUGUCCCUGCGUGGAGCUGCCAGAUGGUGUGCGGCUCUGGCCUCAAAGCCGUGUGUCUGGGAGCUCAGUCCAUCCAGGCUGGGGAGUCCACCGUGGUAGUAGCGGGCGGCAUGGAGAGCAUGAGCAGGGCCCCUCACACUCUGCAAAUGAGAGCAGGAGUGAAGAUGGGCGACGCCUCGCUGCAGGACUCCAUGGUUGCGGACGGCCUGACGGACGCCUUCCACAGCUACCACAUGGGAAUCACAGCCGAGAACGUCGCAAAGCAGUGGGGGAUCAGCCGAGAGCAGCAGGACCUCUUCGCUGUCAAUUCCCAAAACAAAACGGAGGCGGCGCAGAAAGCAGGACAUUUUGAUCAGGAGAUUGUCCCCAUCACCGUGCCGUCCAGAAAAGGUCCCGUCGAGGUGAAGGUGGACGAGUUUCCCCGGCAUGGAAGCAGCGUCGCCACCAUGUCCAAACUCAGACCGUGCUUCAUCAAGGACGACAGUGGCACCGUCACCGCCGGAAACGCUUCAGGCAUAAACGAUGGGGCAGCAGCUACUGUUUUAAUGAGCCAAUCAGAGGCUGCGAGACGGGGCGUAAAACCCAUGGCUAAGAUUGUGUCGUGGGCUCAGGUAGGCCUUGACCCUUCUGUCAUGGGAACCGGGCCAAUACCAGCUAUCAGGAAAGCGGUGGAGAAAGCAGGCUGGCAGCUGGAUCAGGUAGAUUUAUUUGAGAUCAACGAAGCGUUCGCUGCACAGUCCCUUGCUGUGAUUAAGGAGCUCGGCCUAAACGAAGACAAGGUGAACGUGAGCGGUGGGGCCAUUUCUCUGGGUCAUCCCAUUGGCAUGUCGGGCUGCAGAGUCCUGGUGACACUGCUGCAUGCACUGAACAGGACAGGAGGAAGAAAGGGCGUGGCGUCCCUCUGCAUUGGAGGAGGGAUGGGUAUCGCCAUGUGUGUGGAGAGGGUGUGACAUACCUACCUCAUGCUGCUUAAUAAUUACAUUUAUUUUUGCUAAUAAGGGAUUAUGAAAUCUGUUUACAUUUGGGUGGCAUCAUGUAAAAUAUGCUGCACUGCAGUAUAAAUUUAAGGCUGUGGUCUUAACCACCCCAUAAAAAAGCCAUUAUCACUGUGAAUUUAAAGAGCUUAACAUAUUUAGUCUAUCUAAACUGGUAACAUUUAAACUUUACGCAGACAAGUCGCUGCCAAGACAAAUCAGCUUCAUUUAAGCUACAGAAAAACUGGAUUUCCACACUAACUGGAGCUCGUUUUGUCACUUGGUGUAGAGCUUUCAAUCACUGAACAGUUCAGUUGAAAUGUUUAAAUUUUUCGCCGUGCUUUAAGCAUUUAUUAGACAUGUUUAAAUGUAACAUUCCAAUAUCUGCUUGUGGGAUGAAAACAUCUUUCUUUAAAGUUGUGCAAAGCGUAAAUCACAUCAGUGCCAUAAUCAGCUCUCAUCUUGUGCUUCCUGUAGACUUUUAAUGUUUUACUGUGAUCCAGCCCGUUAGGUGUCGUUAAUAAUGAAUAAACAAGUCAUUUACAA